GAUUAUAACUUCUGUUUUGUAAAAGUUUGUUUUUAGUUUUGACAUAUUACUUUUGAGCUCAAGUUUAGCAUCUUGCAGGAUUUUAACAUUUUGUAAGUGGGUGACAACUUUUGAGCCACACCAAAGGAAAAACAAAAGAUAGAAAAAAAUGGCGGGAGGAGGGAAAGAACCAACGGCAACAAAGUUAAAACCAACCAGAGACUACUGUCAUAACCAAAUAUAGAAAGAUCUCCCCAUCCAUCCAUCCAAUCUUUUCUUUUUGUUGUUUCCCUCUCUCAUUCCCCUGUCUUUCAGGACAUCCUCUUUCUUUCUUCCAACACCAAAUAAGCAUAGAAAACCAAACACAACAAAAUCAGAAGAAGCCCCAAGAAAAAAAAAGAAAACAGGACAAAAAAGCUUCUCUCUCUUCCUUCCCAUGGGGUGCAUUUGAAUAAACUUCCUUCUUGAAAACCACUUUUGAUUGAUUAUACCAAUCAAUCAAUCAAUCGUGGUUUUUACAAGCUCUUGGACAAUUUAUUCCAAACAAAUACCCUUUUACAAGAAAAAAAGAUCCCAUGGGAAGCUGUGUUUCAUCGCCAUUGAAAGGUUCUCCUUUUGGGAAGAGACCGGUAAGAAGGAGAACCAAUACUCAUAGCAAAACAUCAUCUACUAAUCCUAAAUUCGUUUCUUCAACUAAUCUUUCCCGGAGAUUGCUUUUCCAGCCCCCUAGCCGUGUUCUUCCCGAGCCCAUUGGUGAUGGUAUCCUCCUCAAGUAUGAACUAGGGAAAGAACUUGGCCGUGGUGAAUUUGGUGUCACACACGAAUGCAUAGAGAUCAACACUCGACAAAGGUUUGCGUGUAAGAGGAUAUCAAAGGAGAAGCUAAGGACGGAGAUAGACGUUGAGGAUGUAAGAAGAGAGGUUGAGAUCAUGAGUUGUUUGCCUAAACAUCCUAAUAUCGUGACCUUCAAGGAAGCUUUCGAGGACGAAGACGCUGUCUAUCUUGUCAUGGAGAUCUGUGAAGGAGGAGAGCUUUUUGACCGUAUUGUCGCUAGAGGGCAUUACACUGAACGUGCAGCUGCAUCUGUCGCUAAAACCAUUCUUGAAGUUGUCAAGGUAUGCCAUGAACAUGGAGUGAUUCAUAGAGAUCUUAAACCUGAGAACUUCCUCUUCUCAAAUGGAACCGAGACUGCACAGCUCAAAGCUAUUGACUUCGGUCUCUCCAUUAACUUCAAACACGGCCAACGGUUCAACGAGAUUGUGGGGAGUCCUUAUUACAUGGCUCCAGAGGUACUGAGACGAGACUACGGUCCUGAGAUCGAUGUCUGGAGCGCUGGUGUUAUACUCUACAUCUUGCUUUGUGGUGUUCCUCCUUUUUGGGCAGAAACUGAGGAAGGAAUCGCGCAUGCAAUCGUCAGAGGACACAUCGAUUUCGAGAGAGAUCCAUGGCCGAAAGUGUCUAAAGAAGCCAAACAGCUCGUUAAGAACAUGCUUGAUGCAAAUCCUUAUAGCAGACUCACAGUUCAAGAAGUGCUUGAACAUCCAUGGAUCCAGAACUCAGAGAGAGCACCAAAUGUGAAUCUUGGAGAUAACGUGAGGACCAAGAUUCAGCAGUUCUUGUUGAUGAACAGGUUCAAGAAGAAAGUCCUCAGGAUAGUAGCGGACAAUCUACCAAACGAGGAGAUAGCGGCGAUAGUACAGAUGUUUGAAACCAUGGACACCGACAAGAACGGUCAGUUAACUUUUGAGGAGCUAAGAGAUGGAUUCAAGAAGAUAGGACAGGUUUGUCCCGAUGGAGAUGUGAAGAUGCUGAUGGACGCAGCCGAUACAGACGGGAACGGGAUGCUGAGCUGCGAAGAGUUCGUGACGCUUUCGAUACAUUUGAAGAGAAUAGGCUGCGAUGAGCAUUUGCAGGAAGCGUUCAAGUAUUUUGACAAGAACGGCAACGGGUCUAUCGAGCUAGACGAGCUCAAAGAAGCUCUUUUUGAUGAUAAGCUAGGUCAAGGUAACGACCAGUGGAUCAAGGAUAUCUUCUUUGACGUUGACCUCAACAAGGAUGGAAGGAUAAGCUUUGAUGAGUUUAAGGCAAUGAUGAAGUCAGGGGCAGACUGGAAGAUGGCGUCAAGGCAGUACUCAAGGGCGUUGUUGAAUGCUCUGAGCAUGAAAAUGUUCAAAGAAGAUUUUGGGGACAGUGCUCCUAAAUCACAGUCCAUGGAGUUUCCUAUAGCAAGGAAGAGAGCUAAGAUACUUGAUUCUCCAAAGAACAAAUCAAUGGAGCUUGGAAUCUCCAAAACCUAUAAACCCUCAGGCUUAAGAAACUAAAGAAGGAAAAGAACAGAACUCUUUGGCUGUUUUACAUAUGUUUGUUUUGGGGUGCUACAAGUGACAAAAGUGAUUUGAUGGGCUUAAAAGUUGCAUUGUUCAUGUUUUGUUUUUCUUUAAAACUUCGCAAAUCGAAAAUAAAAAAAAAAACAAAAGAGAGCAUAGAAACAUAUUUAAUU